AGUUCUUGUUUCAGUGCACGUUCAACUGCAUCCGUCCCGUUUAGCCCGUGCCGAGCCAGUAGUGGUAGCAGUUACACUGAUCCUGAAUAUAAAACCACCACUUUCCACUUGUUUUCUUUCUCGAACAAAGUGCAGUUGAAGUAGUGGUGGGAGGAAAGUUAAUGGCAUGUAUCCAUUCUUUCGGAUCCAUCGUCAACGAGUAAAAAACAAGAAUGAGAAACCUGAGUUAGCGUCGUCAGGCUUGAUACAAUACACGCGCUUCAAGGUUUUCGUGAAAUAGAAAAUGACGAAGGAAUAAUAAUGUAGUGAGAUCCGUCCGAGUCAGAAACUUGUGACAUUGACAUUGAAUUUCAAAGAAACAUUUCAAUCGAUUUGUUAGUUGUUUGUCAAUAAAGUAUUCAGUGCUGAAAGAAUAAAGGGAAAAAGAAGUGGUUAACAUUUCCUCGUCGGAUGGAUCUACAUACACUCCAGGUCCGCCACUGUGGUGAAAGAGAAGCAGAGUUUUUUCUCUUGACAUAGUAUUAUUACCGAAAUUUGCAUAUACAUUACUUCAUUGCUCCUCUUGUGGAUUCAACAGCAUGGGGCAACACUUUGUACGAAACAACUCGGGUCUACCAGUAAUUUAAAUCAUGACGGGAAACUGUUUCAGUUGUUGAGUUGAAAUUGAUUGGUUUGUCUAUUUGCAAUUCAAAUAUAGUGUGGACUUAUAAUUUACACCCGGCCGAGUAGCUUUCUCUGUUCAACAUCACUUGUAGUAGCAACAGCAGCAGCAGUGUUUAGGAGCUAACCAAACCACGAAAGUCUAAACAUUCUCUGAGCCUCCAAGUUUCUCUCUUUACAAAUAAACAGUUGGGAACGUUUAUGGUUUGGCUAGAUUUGGGGUGUUGUAGUCAAAUGAGUGCUUACACAGUUAUUUAUGUCCCCAUCUAAUUUAUGAGAUUGUCUCACAAAUGAAGUAAUGAAUACAUUUGAUUGAUGAAAUUUAUACACAGUGUCCAAGUGGAAACAGCCACAAUCAAGAUUAAAAGUUGGAUAAGUUCCAUCCUUUAACCACACCAUUCAUUCAUUGGGAAAACACGAGUCUUGUUCGUGAGAUAAGAAAGUUGCCCUUUCAUCUUCCAAUGACAAUACCGUUUAUUGUUUAGUGCCGACUGUCACGUCUGAAUGAACGUGCGCUUCACAUGAUGAUGAUUAAAUUAUAGUGCAACAGAACAGACAUGAUUUCGAGAUUAUCCACUCUACAGUCUCAUUCAUAAAUAUCUAGUGUAGUGCUCUGAUUUAAUAAAAGGGAAUAUAAAAUAUUAAGUGUAUUUGUAAUGAAUGAAUACAUUAUUACAUAGUCUCGACAAAUCAUUGAUAACUAAUAAUUGAAGGGUCUACCACAUGACCUCAUCAAUUUAGCCUAUAUGUAAUAAUAUUGCCAUCUAAUUUUGUACACAAAAAUAAGCUUCUAAUUCAAAGACAUACCUAUUUAUAAAUCACAACGACAAAGUCAGAGAAGAAAGAAACAGGCCAAAAAAAACUUGGCAAACAAAUUUUUAUUUUCCUCAGCUUCAUCGAUUAUUGAUUUUAAGCACGAGUUGGAGAAAGAAAUCGAGGAAGGAGUGAUUCCAAUCCUGCUGGUUCAUUGUAUUUCACCCACCGGCAAAACACGCGAUAAGCAUUUAUUCUUGGUAAUAGGAGAGAUACUAACACGACACGAGGGUACGACGACGGCUCCUGGAGGGAAGUGAAAAUAUAUGACUCUGUUUGUACGUAAGCCAGCCCGUACCUACAACCAAGCCCUUUGUCCACCUUUUCAUCAUCUGGAUCUGGGGGUCUUGGGCUAUCGUCGUCGUCCUAGAAGAAGAAAUCUACUUCACUGAUCUUGAGCUAUUUACACAACCGAGUAGUGAACACCUUUCAUCCAAAGUAAUGCGGUAUCAAGGAUGAGGAACGAGGGAGUAAAAGUUACAGUUCAUCAUUGAGUAUCAAGAACACUUGCACUUAUGUAAUCAAUGUGAGGGAAGGCAUAGUGCACACGGUGAAAGCAAGCAACUUGGUUUCCCUUUCUAAUCAAAAGCACGCACGACGGUACACUUGGAGACUAUUUUUGUCCAUGGAAUACUCGCUCUCUCGACGGAGCUACCACCCUUUGUGAUAGGAAACGUUCGACCCAUCAGUGAAAAUGAGUUAUUUACGAUGAAAUGGUUCAAGUCCUUGGAGGCAGUGGCAAAUAUGUGAAGAAAUACAUGAGAAUUACACAAAGACGAAUGUUCCUCAAAAUAGGGUAGAAAUUGAGUUGUAAAGAAAAUUGGUCUACGCAGGAAAAGUUACCCCUUGCUCAUCAACGAGCAGAGUGGUGGUGGCAGCAAAAAUUUUUGUGCAGAAGAAAGUUGGAAAUAAUGAUCUUUCUUUGUGAUGGUCUUUGGGGCCUUCUUAUGGAUUCUCAUAAUAGCAUCCAUUCCACUUCUAACGAGUCCUGAGUUUGUUGUUCGUGAAAUCCGAGCAUGUUGUCACCAUCGGAUAAUCGUCAAAUGUGCUGACAAAAACUUCAAGAUCGCCAUCGUUCAAGCCCGAUAUUUUGCAAGUGGUCCCGAUGAGGCGUCAGUUGCAGCAGUAAUUCACUCAAGGAUAAAGUAUUCCUCCCCUUUGGACGACCCACGUGAUUUCCAGCAACAAGAUCAUCAGCAUCAUCGGUUUAUUCCCUCAUCACAACCAUCCGUUUCCCUGUGGGACUUGGACCUAAAGUUUGCUCACGAGUUGCAAAAAGAAAGUGUCCAACUACCAUUUCCAGUGAACACAUUGCCUGAAUGGCACCCAGAUCACUCUUCUCAUGCUUCCAACCGACGCCGUUUCUUCCACUACCCAAGAAGACCUACAAUUCCACCCAAAUUCCCUUCGGGAUCAAACUUCACGGCAGAAAAAGUGCUGGAAAUGCCCUUGUACGAGACGAAUUUCUUGGAUAGUUCCACAAUUUGGAAUCAACCAUUGUUUCCAAUCGUUCAGAGCGAGAGUAGUGAAAGCAGGUCACUUUUGUCCUCAAAGUACUUUUCAGACACGUUCCAGACAGACUCUCCUGCGAAAUUUCGAAACAAGUGUUUGUCUUACCAAACUCUGAUGAGUAGUGCAGUUCAUCGCUCUUCUAUUUUGCCUCCUCAAACGCAGCCGUCGGACAGAACAACGGCCGGAAAGCCUGGCUGGCGUUUCAAAGAUUUGAGAACUUAUUUCAAUAGAAGGUGCAGCGGAAAAUCCGAGUGCGAAGUACUUUUAAUUCAAAGCAACGGCCAAGAUGAGGACUUCAGCCGAGUCUGUCACCUUAUGCCAGAUGGAAUAAUUGCUGUGAAAUAUAUCUGCUUCAAUUCUUCAAUAGCAACCUCGCAUUCCAAGUGCAACGUGGAUGUGACUCCUGCUACCGAGGGAUUUCUGAUGAACCCGGGCUACCCUCACUUGUACCCGGGUGAUCUACCAUGUGAAUUUCGACUGCAUGUGCCUCAACAAAAAAUACUCUUAAUAUUUUUUGACAUCUCAAUCCGCACGGAUCAAAUUAAAGACAAGGGGAAAUGCCGGGACGAGCUUUCUGUCACAGAUUCUCAUCAACUUAAGCUUUUGAGUACCUGCGGGGAUCAAGGAACGGCAAUCGCCAUCCUUUCUGAAACCCACCAACUAAACAUAACACUUAAUCCUCAAAGUCGUCUAGCAUUCCCCAAACGUGGAUUUUUAGCGUAUUACCGAGUAAUUGGUUGCAAAGACCCGGAAGUCCCCCAAAAUUCCUACCUGACCUUUCGGAAUGCGACGACGGCGGUCGUAAUUUGCGACGUGGGGCAUGUUUUCCCUGAUUCCCUGUCAAGGACUCGCUGGCUGUACUGCUCCCCACUUGAUCACCGCUGGUUGGGAAGUUUCCCUUUUUGCAAUGACAUUCGGAAUUUGGCGAAACGAAAUGUGUCAAUCGAACAAAUGCUAAAAAAUGAUCCGUCUGUGUGGCCUUUAAGACAUCCGAUGAGUGAUCAAAUUUAUUUCUCAGACGUUGGACUGCCCGUCAUCGUUAUUAUGUUGAUUUUCGGACUUCACGGGGUCAUCCUGUAUUUAAUAUGGCGUCAACGGAACAGAUUGGAAGAGAUCGAGAAUCAGACGAAUCUAGAAAUGGAACGAAUGUGCUCCACGAACGCGGCGGAGGAAGGGAGCAUUUUUUCUUUUCCUGACUCAUUCGUAGAAGACCUUUGGGAUGAUGAUGAUGAACUUGAGGAAACAGAUCAAGAUCGCACUCUGACCACACUCACGCUCCACGAAACCGACACCACCCCCAAUUCUUCAGCGGCGAGGAAAAUAACCGACUUUUCCCACUCGGAAGAACGAAAUAAUGGUCACAUUCGCUACUAUCUGUUCCACAACGACACAACAACAAGUAGUACGGCCACAAGUCAUAACAAUACAAGUGUCAGAAAUGGUCAUAAGCCUCAUGCUGGGUACAUUGGUGGGCAGCUGGUUACUUUUAAUGGUUACUUUCGACAAACGGCUGUAUAGAAGAUGGGGAAAGUUCGAAUUUAACAACGCUUUAAAUUCCCGGUACAUCAACUUUUACGAGUGUUAUGCUGCAGAGCUUCUUCAUAUUUAUUUGUGGCUUCGGUUUAUUCAUAUUCCAGAGAAAUGUGAAAGCAGAUGAGCUUAUAUAUGUAAAUAUGUAGCUUGGGAGAGUGGCAUGGCAUUGUUUUUAGGGAUUCUUUUUUAAAUAUAGCUACGGAAUAAAGUUGAGAUUAACGACACUGUGACCAGUGUCACACGAAUUACGCGUUACAACAUCAAUGAUGAAAAUCACAUUGUGACCCUUACUUGACCCUUGGAGCAUUGUUUUGUCGAAACGGAUAAUAAUAUGUUUGUCAGGAAAUGUUUUGGAUGAAUAUUUACUACAUCGAUUUCUUUGCUCGUUUGUACGUGUACAAAUAUACAUACCUACAUAAUAUGUAUACCGCAGUAGGCUAUGAAUGUUAUGGCUGUAAUAAGGAUGAGUGAAAUCCUGUCACAAAAACUUUAUGACGGGUCACUCUGUCUGAUUGCAAGGAUGAUAGCCAGCCAGCCAGCCAGCCUGUUAACUAAAUAUGCUUGAUAUUUUGACUUUCCUUGACAAGCGCAAACAAUAGCAAAACAAUUUGGUUCAUUAAGUUUCGGGAAACGGAAAAGGGGAAAGCGAGCAGUUCCAUUCUGCAUAAAUGCGAGUAGUCAUUUGCCACAUAUAUUAUGGAGACACUGCGAACAUGCACUUUGUUCAACUGUCCUCGUGAAAGGCAUAAUUGAAUUGAACAAUUGCAGCAAAAUAUCCGCUCACGUCAAUUAUGUACAACAAUUUGUAAACGAUAAAAUUAAUUGUAGGGUUGCCAUUCAUAGAAUAUCUUCUUUAUUACUAGUAUUUCAUAUGGGAAAUUAUGCAAAUAAUUAUGCAAAUACUCAGUCCACAAAUACAUAUUCUACUGUUUACAUGAAUGACAAAUGCUUGUUGUAUGUAUGCUUUGCAUGAAGGUUCAUUAUGCAUUCUUGACAUUAGUAUUUGAAGAAUUUUAUGUUAUGAUAUAUUCAAUUAGAAUUCCUAAUUCCUAAGUUAGCGUGUUGUUGAAUGUGUUUAUGUUUGUGUGUACUACUUUGAAAUGAAGGGUGCGAAGAUAUCUAGCUAUAGUCUGUAUGCAAUCAAUGCUUUAUUUUACCAAAUAAUUUCUCGAGUGUUAUAAAUAUUGUAAUAAUUUUAUAAAAUUUAUUUUUGUAGUAAGAAGAAAUUAAUAAAAUGUGUU